CAAUACAGCCUCACCCAUUGUAGAUGACGUCCCCUCUCGCUGCCGCACCCCGUAAACCCUCAUCUUUCUUUCUUUCAUUACUCUUCACCCCGCGCACUCCCGACCAGUCCGCAAAUUUCUCCCCUUCCCCUUCUUUCCUUCCUUUCAUUCUUUCCCCAACUCCCCAGCUCCCCCCGCCCCACUCUCCAUUCACCUUCUCCCUUCCCGCCUCCUCAUGACCCAAAGUACUUACCGU